CAAUGAACUGGCACAUGCGUAUAAAUAUUUUUAAUAAAAUACGUGGAUUUGGUGGAUAAUUGUAAACAUUUUUUAAUAUUUAGCAAGUUAUAGUAUUAAAAAUAGUGAAUUUGAAAAUGGAUCUUAGUAGCAUUUUUCCGACACACAUGGAUUACGAAGGGCAAGCCCGAGCGGAAAAACUAUCUAGGAUUAUUUUGACACUGUUUGGAGCAGUCGGUUUAAUUUGGGGAUACAUAAUUCAGCAAUUUUCUCAAACUGUUUACAUUUUAGGCGCUGGUUUCGUUUUAACCUCUCUGUUAACAAUUCCUCCGUGGCCAUUGUACAGAAGGAAACCUUUGAAUUGGCAACCAGCUAAAAAUCCAGACAAUACGCACAAGGAAACAACCAAAAAAGGGAAGAAGAAAUAAACAAUGCCUUAUUAUUUUUUUUUUUAUUAUUAUUAAAUAAAGAAUAAUUCAUUAUUUCAUUAUUC